CUUCAAAACUGUUCUUCAUUUAUAGUCUUUGGUAUUUGCUAUCCAUCCGUCAUUCCGUCAAAUAGAAAAGUUGUAUAAAAACUAAACGAACAAGUUGUACGCCAUCAUCCGAAUGUCAGUGAAUGAUACGAUCACGAUAUUUUGAGAUACAUCGCCAGUGAUUGUACACAGGCGAGGAGUUCAACUCAAAUAAUGGAGCCAACAAAACUUACUCCCGUUCUUCGAAAUCGUCUGACAAGGUUUCUCCACCUGGGAAAAGAAGAGCCUAAGUAUUACCCUGGUUGCUGGUCUUCUCAUGAUUAUUUCGAUGGUAGAAAUUUGAAAGUAAUAGAAUUAGCACUACAAAAUGGGUCUAAUAAUACUGAGGUUGUUGAUAUCAUUCUUAAGGCACACAAACAAGGCUGGUGUACUAGAUUUGAAACAAUUGCAUUUGCAUUGACUAAAUGCCUGUUGCAUGGUUGUCCCGCUGUUAAGGAAGCAACUUAUAAAGCAGCAUCCGAAAUAUGUGUCAGUGCUGAACAAUUGAUGAUAUUCAACUAUUACGUAUGGGUUUUAGAAACUGGUAAUGGUCGAGGUUGGUGCAAACAGGUCAGAGAAUGGUACAUGAAGAAAGAACCAAUGGAACUUGCAAAGGAAUUGACAAGAGUUAAAUCAAGACAUGGGCGAUCACAUAAAACUCUGCUCCGUAAAUCUCAUGUGAAGAUUGCUGAAAAUGAUCAUGCACGUGGAGCGGUUAUAAAAUACGCCCUGUUUGGUUUAAAGAGAGCUAAACAGCUAGUCGAUAAUGUUGAAGACACUAAGGAAAUUUUUGAUUAUAUCCAAAAAGUUGAAGACUUCCGUCGCUGCGAGGAUCCAGUUGCUGCUGCAGCGAUUGUGGAGAAAAACUCAUUUACCCUUGACCAUGUACCUGGCCAUCUGCUUACAUCACAGGAAGUUUGGAAUGCAGUUUUACCUCAACUUCCACUUGAAGUUUUAGUACUGAAUAUUCAGCGCAUCCAUAACAUGGGUUUCUUGGGUUCUGAUUCAACAACAACUGCCAUUGUUGUUUCUUUGCUGAGUGAUAAAAAUGUCAUCAAGAAAUCAAAACUUACUCCGCUAGCUGUUUAUAUUGCACUUGCCAAUUAUCAGAAGAAAUCAAGACCACUUAAAAGUCAGAAGGCUAAAGUAGCAUUGGAAAAGACGAAUCGCCGCCGCUUGCGACAAGUGUUCGACAACGAGACCGGCGAGUGGAAGUGGAAUGUCACCAAGAGACAUCCUAAAGAAGCCAAAACAUGGGGUAUCGAAAAGCAGCCGAACAAAUUGGUAAUAGACGCAAUGCAGAAACUUAUUAACCACACGUGGGUGCUGACGCCGCCCACUAAUGUCCGCUAUCUCAUCACCUUGGAUAUGAGAAACCAUAUGUUUAAAGGUCGUCACUUCUGUAAAAACUUUACAGUACCAAAGAAAGGUAAAAAGACAGUGACUAAAACGUCCCCCGGUGGUGGUGGUGAUGCUGACACAGUUAAAGUGGGCAGCAAGAAGCGCUUGUCUGCUGAGUGCUUCUAUAACAGAAAUGUUACACCUGGACAUGCAGCAAUAAUUCUUGCUCUACAACUGCUGAAACGUGAGAAGAAUGUGAAAUUGGCCGUGUUCACGGAUGCUGGUAUUGAACUCGUUAAAAUUGAACCCAAUUUCAGUACCAUCAAUGAAACUGAGUUUAUAUUGAGGAAAGCGAAUCUCGGCGUGGUGCAGUUGGACGCGCCUAUGGAGUGGGCUCGCAAGAACAACAGGAAGUUCGACGUGUUCAUCAACAUGCCCGCCCCCGCACUAGUAGACCACUGCCCGGCGCGCGCGCUGCAGCGCUACAGGGAACAACACGUGCGGAAUGCUAAAUUGGUAGUGAUGUCCCUCGCGUCGCACCGCGUGAUGACGACAGACGGCACUCACAGCGGCAUCCUCGACAUCGUCGGUAUCGACGAGCACGUGCCUAAAGUGAUAGACGCGUUCGCACUCGGACAAUUCGAGUAAGCAUUCAUCAAAGUUCUCAAAUAAGUAAACAAUCUUGAACAGUUCCAGUGACUGAGCGAGAUCUCACUAAGACAGUUCGAGUGAGCGAGAUCUCAAUCCACUCAAUCAAUAGGAAUAUGCGAGUUCUCACUACAACUCAGUCAAUUGGAAUGAGCGAGAUCUCAAUAUAACUCAAUCAUUUGGAAUGAGUGAGAUCUCAGUAUAACUCAAUCAAUUGGAAUGAGCGAGAUCUCGCUACAACUCAAUCAAUUGGAAUGAGCGAGAUCUCGCUACAACUCAAUCAAUUGGAAUGAGCGAGAUCUCGCUACAACUCAAUCAAUUGGAGUGAGCCAGGUAUCAAUCCAACUCAAUCAGUUUAAGUGAGCGGAUCAGAUCGUUCUCGCGUAGCUCGAGUACCGGAACUCUUCAAGGUCAUUUCACUUACCACAUCUAAAGAGUUCAUUGGCACCAUACUUAGGCAUAGAGUUAUCAGAAGGCUUAUUGAUAUAUAAUUAGUAUGUUAUCUAAAACAUUAUAAGUUUUAAGAGAUUUGUAUCAUUAUGAAUUGUUCGCAAUAAUGGAUAAUGUUUAUAUAACAAUGUUAAGCUCAAAAACUAUACAUUUUAUUAUUAAAGGGCUAUGUAAAAAAUAUAAAUUACGUGUAGAAAGCAAUAUUAAAUAUAAACUACUUUGAAUCUGGAUAAACAGCAAUGUCUUGUUUUAUUAAUGGGUAAUAAAAACAUAAUCAAUGAAGGAAACUUGUACACAAUGUAAAAGUAAAUUUUUUGUUUAACGCAAAUUUUUAUUUGCAGCAAAACUAAUUUUGCUUCUCCAAUAACUCUAUGUCUUUAUGUGGUUUUAAUCAGAAAUCAAAUAAACCUUCUUUACCUCAGUAUUGAAUUCUAUGACAAAAAGAAAUUGACCACAAUGUGUUCUGAAAUAAUCAAAUUUGGUCUAAAAAGAUUCAUAUUCCUAAUAUUUGAUUCCGAAUUGUAAUUUUGCUUCAUAUGGUAUAGGGCACAAGUUUUUAAUUAAUAAUGCCUUUAAAUUUUGUAACAACUAUUUUGUGAAGUUUGUUUAUUAUUAUUGUACAAAUAACAAUGUUUUCAGCAACGAACAAGAAUCCUAAAAAUAGUUGUCUAUAAAUAAAAAAUGCAGUGUUUCUGUAAACAUCACUAUUACUUAAGGAAUAUUAAUCCCAGAUCUCUUUCUCUAACCACUAUGGCCGCGAGAUGAAAUUUAUUAAUUGUUUUGCUUGUUUUUAUUCGCAUUAUAAGCUUGUAGCAUUUUGUUUUAGUUAUAUUUUUUUUAUUAUUGAGAUUUUUUUUAAAUAUGGUAACUGCUUAUUAAUAUGUAAGUGGCCAAAUGGGUCAAUACAUUGAUUGUAUUUGAUUUGGUAAAUGUUUUAAAAAUGUCUCUCGGGAAUAAUUUACAUCAGACUUUGUUUACUUAAAAUGGUUUGAUACAAUUCAUGUCUGAUAUUUCUAUAGACGACAUUUUUUUAUGAAAUCACUAUCAAAAGAACUGAAAAAGAAUCUAUAAAUAUGUAAACUCUAAUGAAAAUCCAACAGCCUUACAAAUAAACGCGGUGUAAAAUUAAAGUUGGGAAUAA